UGUGUUCCGUCUUUGUUGUACUUAAUCCUGGAACAUCACCUAAAAUUAGUUCCUAUAGAAAUAAAAUAAGUAAUAAAAAUGGUUGCUCAAUUUUUCUGGUAUUUUGUGUUUGUUCAAAGUAUACUUGGAGGAGAAAUAUGCUAUCACCCAUAUGGCUGUUUUGAUGAUAAUCAACCAUAUGAUAGACCACUUGCUCGUCUUCCAGAAUCACCUGACAAAAUCAACACUGUAUUUACACUUUAUACAAGAAAAGCAAAAAAUCUUCUUCUUCAUCCUCUUUUUAAAAAGACAGCUUCAAGUGUAAACUUUAAUCCCAACCUAACAACAGUAUUUAUUACUCAUGGAUACAUUGAGUCGAUAAAAGAAUGGUAUGUUCAAAUGUUUAUUGAUGAGUUGCUAAAGUAUGAAGACAUGAAUGUAGUGUUUGUUGAUUGGUCAGGUGGUUCUGGUUUUCCCUAUCAUCAAGCAUAUGGAAAUGUGCCCAACUUAGCUAUAUGAUUGAAGUUAUCAAAAAUGACACUGGUAUUAAUUGGAAAAAAUUACAUUUAAUUGGGUUUUCUAUUGGAUCACAUUUAGUUGGUUAUGCUGGUCGUUUUUUAAGAUUAAAAGGAUUACUUGUUCCUCGGAUUACAGUACUUGAUCCAGCAGGUCCAUUGUUUGAGUACCAGCACCCAGAUACUAGAAUCGACCCAACUGAUGCAGAGUUUGUUGAUGUCAUUCAUAGUGACACAAACACCAUAAUUGUAUUGGGUUUUGGAGCAGAGCAACAAAUGGGUCAUCUUGACUUCUAUCCUAAUGGAGGAUACUUCCAAAAAGGAUGUGAAAAAUUUGAUAUAAGUUUGAAACAAUAUUUGGUAUGCAGCCAUUAUCGUUCAAUUCGCUAUUUUAUGGAAUCUAUCUCAUCUCAAAGUUGUUUUUAUGAAGCUUACCCAUGUAAAUCCUAUGAAGAUUUUAAAGCUGGAAAAUGUUUAUGUCCAUCUGAAGGAUGUCCAGUGAUGGGUUAUCAUGCAAAAAAGCCAAAAACACAACAGUCUAUCAGAUAUUACUUAGAAACAAGAGAUGUAUUUCCAUAUUGUGGAAUUCAUUACAGACUCAAAAUGAAGACUGGUACAAAGUUUCUUGCGGCUUAUAGUGGGAAAGUUACUGUUAAACUUUAUGGAGAAAAAGGUUUUAAUGUGGUAACUGCUCCUAGUCACAGCUAUGAUAGUGGAUCAUUAGCAGAUAUAUUAGUCGUCGGGGAAAAGGAGAUAGGAAAGUUAUAUAAAAUAGACAUUUCUACUGAUGCUCUGCUUGAUAGCUGGUACUUGAUAUCAUUGUCGGUUAAACACAUGACAUCUGGACAAGAGUACCAAGCUUGUUACAAGAAAUGGUUAAGUAGCGGAUCAAACGAAGAAAGCGUUAAUAGCUCGAUGACCGCAUGCACAGAAUCAUAAUUGAUUUAAUUUGACAGUUAAUGAAUGAUUUUUUUUAAAAAGUUAUACUUUAAAAAAUAAAAUAUUUAAAUAA